AUGGCUUCAAUACCGCUAAUGUAUGCUCAGGAAGAUUGUGAGUUAGGAGGAAAGGAAUCCAUCGAGGAUGAUUUCGCCUACCGCAACAAUGUGGCCAAUGCAGAUAAAGAGAUCCGUCUGGGAUUUGUCCGCAAAGUGUACGGUUUACUCUCAGUGCAACUGUUGGCUACGGUUGCUAUUGCUGGAACAUUCCAUCUUGUUGAACCCGUCAAGGUCUUCAUACACCAAAAUGACUGGAUGGUGAUAAUAGCGUUUAUACUGAGCAUGGUCACGCUAUUCGCACUCAUCGCUAAAAGAAGGGACUCGCCCGCUAACCUCUACCUGCUAGCAGCUUUUACGGUGGUACAAGCGUACUCAGUGGGCGUGGUGGUGUCGUACUACAACACGGCCGUGGUGCUACAAGCCCUGACUCUGACCUUCGCAGUGGUCUUCUCCCUCACAGUCUUUACACUCAACACAAAGACCGACUUCUCUUUCAUCGGUUAUGGUUUAUUCGCUGGUCUUAUGGUGCUCAUCAUAGGCGGUAUCCUACAACUGUUCAUCCAAAGCUCAGGGUUCGAAAUUGCCCUGUCCUUCGUCGGUGCUAUCUUGUUCAGCCUCUUCCUUAUAUUCGACACACAGAUGAUGAUGACGACCUUGUCUCCAGAAGAGUACAUACUGGCCACUAUCAACCUGUAUCUUGACAUCAUCAACCUCUUCCUCUACAUACUCCGAAUCCUUAACGAGUUGAACAGGAAUUAA